GACCAGCAUCCUCAUCCUCAGGGAGGAGGAACCGGGACCGGGACCGGGACCUGAUGGAGCCCCCCGGACCCCGGGGACCGGCUCUGGUUCUGAUUAGGGACUAGGCGUGUCCCGGACCGGACCGGACCGGACCGGACCGGACCGGAGGGGUGAACGGUGACUCCGGCCCGGCCCGAGCACGGUGGGUUUCGUGGACCGGACCGGCCCAGAUGAAGAUUCCCAAACGGCGGAAAAGGAGCGCGCGGGUUGCCAGGCUAACAAGGGAACGGGAAGGUUUUUGUCCCGCUCAAGAUUUGUUGUAAACCGUCAGGUUUUCCAGGAGCUCAGAACGAUGAUAAAUGGCUCUUUCAAGCAGGGAGCUGCUCGUGUUCUGUCCGGCUGGCAGGUGCCGUGCUUAGUCUCCAGCCUCCAAGACAACGCCAACAUGAACGGGACGUCGGAGACGGCCGACAUCCUGCUGACCAACGCCAUGGUCAAGGACCGGUGGAAAGUGCUGAAGAAGAUCGGCGGCGGCGGGUUCGGGGAGAUCUACGAGGCCCUGGACCUGCUGACGCGGGAGAACGUGGCCCUGAAGGUGGAGUCGGCCCAGCAGCCCAAGCAGGUGCUGAAGAUGGAGGUGGCGGUGCUGAAGAAGCUGCAGGGGAAGAACCACGUGUGUAAAUUCAUCGGCUGUGGGAGGAACGAGAAGUUCAACUACGUGGUGAUGCAGCUGCAGGGCCGUAACCUGGCCGACCUGAGGAGGAGUCAGCCCCGGGGAACCUUCACCAUGAGCACCACGCUGAGACUGGGGAAGCAGAUCCUGGAAUCCAUCGAGGCCAUUCACUCCGUGGGCUUCCUGCACCGAGACAUCAAACCGUCGAACUUUGCGAUGGGCCGUCUCCCCUCCACCUACAGGAAGUGCUACAUGCUGGACUUCGGCCUGGCCCGGCAGUACACCAACACCACGGGGGAGGUCCGGCCGCCGAGGACGGUGGCCGGAUUCAGAGGGACGGUCCGCUACGCUUCAGUCAACGCCCACAAAAACAAGGAAAUGGGUCGCCAUGACGACCUGUGGUCGUUGUUCUACAUGCUGGUGGAGUUUGCUGCUGGACAGUUGCCGUGGAGGAAAAUCAAAGACAAGGAGCAAGUGGGUCAGAUUAAGGAGCGGUUCGAUCAUCGGAUGCUGCUCAAACACAUGCCCCAGGAUUUCAGUGUCUUCCUGGAUCAUGUUCUCACGCUGGAUUACUACACAAAACCGGAUUACCAGCUGCUGAUGUCGGUGUUUGAGAACAGCAUGAAGGAGAGAAUCAUCACGGAGAACGAGCCCUUCGACUGGGAGAAGGCAGGAAGUGAUGUCACGCUGUCCACCAGCGCCUCCACCGUGCAGCCGCAGUGCAACACCCGGCCCACGGCGGCCAUGGUGGGGGCCAUCGUGACGCCGGGCCCCGGUGACCCCCAGAGGGAGAACACGGACGACGUGCUGCAGGACGAGCACCUGAGCGACCAGGAGAACGCCCCGCCGGGCCCCCCGGCCCCCCCGGGGCCCCCCGGCCGGGCCCCUGCCGAGGCCCCGCCGCAGCACCCCGGGGAGCCGGGCGAGGCCUGGGAGGACACGGACUUCAACCGCAACCGGCUCAGGAUCAGCCUCAACAAGGGCCAGGAGGACGAGCCGGGCCGAGGGGUGUGUCCGGUGUCUCCGGUUCGAGCCCCGGAGUCGCCCAACGGUCAGGGCCGGUCUCUCCGGUACCGCCGGGUCAACAGCCCGGAAUCAGACCGGCUGUCUGCGGCUGAGGGCCGGAACGACGGCUACGGCCAGAGGUCCCGCAUGGACAUCCUCGGGUCUCCGUCCCGCCACGUGUAUUCGUCCCAGCCGGCCCAGAUGUUGUCCGUGGACCCCGGUUUCCGCGGCGACCGGCAGGCCAGCGGCCGGCAGGAGGUGUCGGUGGCGUCGGUGGACCAGGAGGCGCACAGCAACGCCUUCAUCCGCUCGGUGCCGCUGGCCGAGGAGGAAGACUUCGACAGCAAGGAGUGGGUGAUCAUCGACAAGGAGGCGGAGCUGCGAGACUUCCACCCCACCACGUCGGCCACCACCGACGAGGAGCCGGAGGAGCUCCGGCCGCUGGAGGAGACGGAGGAGAGACGGAGGCUCCGGGCCGCAGGGGAGCUGGUGGUGCGACCGAAGACGCACACCCGGGACAGCAGCCGGGGGAUGCUGACGCUGACGGAGGAGGAGACGUCCAGGAAGAGCGGCGGGAGCCCCGCCCAGUCGCCCUGCCACUCGCUGCCCUCGGGACGGCCUCGCCGGAGAGAGUCGGACCCCACCGGACCCCAGAGACCGGUGGUGUUGUCCCCGACGGAGCAGAGCGUCCCGUCUCCUCCGUCUCCAGACUACCGAACGAAGGGCCAGAGGGAUGAAAAGGAGCAUUUCCACAUCCUCCCUCAACUUCAGGCCAAGAGGGCCGACUUCCUCACCGUCAUGUUGACGGGAACGUUGCCCCAACGUCGAAGCUUCCCCCCGCCGGAAGAGGAAAUCCCGGAAACUCCCGGGCCGAAGGAGGACGACGUCACGAAGAGCGAAUCCAACAGCGAGGCCAGUCAGAAAACCACCGAACGAAGCCAGGAAGCCGCACCUUCCACCCUCAUGGCCGAGGACCAGCGGGGCCAGAAGGAACACGCCUCGGCCGCCGACGCAGACCAGGACCUGGAAGACGCGUCCAAAACCCUGGUCCUGUUCUCCCCCGGAGACACCAGGAAGUCUCCGUCUGGUGGAGAUCACGGCCUAGAGGGAGAGUUAGCCACACCGUCGGGUCUAAUCUCUCGUAACGACCGUCUCCUGGUCGGGGAGGCGUUUCCUCCCGACCCGUCUGAGACCGGUAGACUCUCCCCGCUUCUCCGGUCCGACCUGAGACCGAACCCUCCCAUCGCCCCCGCAUCGCCGCCCUUCACCAAAGUCGAACGCACUUUCAUCCACAUCGCAGAGACGUCGCAUCUCAACGUCAUGUCUUCCAACGGUCACUCUUCGAAAGACAGCGACCGGGAAGUUUUGGCCAUCGCGAAAGAAUCGGCCGUCAAGUCCGACGAGCUUGAGCUGGAGGGAGAACCGGCGACGGAAGAGGCACCUCCUCCGGAGGAAACUCUAAUGGCUGAAAAACAAUCCAAAACUGAAAAUGGUCCAUCGUCUUUGGAGCUUCUCCCAAAAGCUACCUCACCAGUUCACGAAGAUCCGUCCCCGGAACGUAAGAAAGAGCCGUCGCCCAGCGAAGAAGCUCCCAAGCUCCGACCGGACGGACCCGAGCCGUCCGUCGCCGUAAAGCCCAGAAUCCGUAGUCGGAUCCCGAUCCUGAUCUCUGAAGAGGACUCGGGCUCGGAGCAGUCGUCCUCCCUGUCGGCCCGGGCGCGGCUGCAGCAGCGGGCCAAGCAGCUGGACCUGGCCCGGAUGCUGGUGCAGAAGCAGCAGGGCCGCUGGAUGAGGAGGAGGAUGCUGUCGGGGACGUCGUCCUCGCUCUCCUCCGGGGACGACGAGCGCCGCCGGGCCUCGGAGACUCUGUCCACCACCGGCUCGGAGGAGGACGUGCACACCUCGGACGAGUCCAGGAGGAGCUGCCGCCUCAAGCCCACCGAAGAGCAGGGCACCCUAGGGUGCAGGAGCAAGAUCCCCAGGCCCGUCACCCCCGUCAAACCUCCCGCCGUCGAGACCGCUCAGCUCUCCCUGCCCGACUCCAGCAAAGCAGCUUCCUGUGUCAUUAAUGGAACUCCGAAGAUCGGACUGAGCACGCUCAGCAGCCAGCGUAAGGCCAAGCCGGCGUCGGCGCGGUUCUCGUCGUCGUGCCCGCGCCCGUCGGCCUCGGCGGCGCCGGGCAGCCCCCGGAUGCCCCUGCGGGUCCUGCUGGGCUCGCGGCGCAGCGUUAGCUCCAGCGGCUGCCGCACCGACAGCCCGUCGCCGCAGAGAGCCGGCCCGUCGCGCCAGCCGCUGUCGGUGCGCGCCCCGACCGUGCCGGUGCUGGCGCCCAGGACUACAGCCACCAUGCGGCGCAGCGCCUCGCAGGACGCCGCCGCCGCGCCGUCCGCCGCCGCCGCCACCGCUACGCUAACCAGGACCAGAGCCAAACCCGCCGGCUCGGCCAGGGGGAAACCCAACACCAGGGAAAAGCCGCUGCCCGCUAGAUAAUACAAAUAGACUCACGUCUACGAUUGCGUUGGUGUAUAAUCAGUCCUCGGACAAGCUACGCCUCAAAGGUUUUCACCUAAAACUGGAUCAGGGGUCUUCAACCUUUACUAGCCCUCGGAGGAGAGAAAAACACAGCAGGUGCCGCU